AUGCAAACUGAUGCUUUUAGAGAAUUCCUUGAGCUACACCCAGAAGUGAAGAUUCGCCAAAGGAAGUUUGAAAGCUUGAAGCCUUUCUUUGUGAAGCAGGCAAAGGAACGUGAUAGGAGGUCUUGUUUAUGCAGGAAACAUGUGGAAAUGCAAAUAGUGUUUAAAAGCUGCAUGAAAUACCGUAAGGAGCUUGUAAAAAAGUCUGCCAAUAUAGACGAAUCAUUUGUCACCAAAAGCGUAACAGAGGCUGCAGAAAAAACCCUUUGUCCGAAGCCAGAAGGCAUCAACUAUCACAACAUCAAAUGCUUAGAGCGUGAAUGCACAGAAUGUGGUGUAGACAAUAUUGAGUUCCUGCCAGAGGAGACUUCAGGAGAGGGAACUGUCAGCUGGUCACGUUAUGAGUAUGUUUCAACAGGGAAGUUCCUUACUAAUGGCCAAGAGAAGAAGAAGAUCGCCCUAGUACAGAAGGAGACACCACCAUCUGAGCUCUUUGGCUAUUUCAAGGAGCUCCUUGUCGAAUACCCCAGGCACUCCUUCAUGGCACGAUGGCAGCGUGAGCAGCUCGACAGUUUGUUGGACAACCUCCCCUGA